CACAGUCUCAUUUCGCGAGAUUGGAGCGACGUGAGCACAUGACGAGCUGCUGGUAGAGGGUCGGCUGGUUCUGCGGGAUAUUUGAUAGGCGAUCCCGGGACUACAGGUUGUACAGCUAUGAGCAAUGGGUCUGUCUAUCCAUUUUGUUGUUGACCCUCAGGGAUGGUGCUGUGUUGGAGCUAUCUUCUUUAUCUGGUUCUACAAUACACUGUUUAUUCCAAAGCUGAUUCUGUUUCCCCGCUUUGAUGAGGGACAAAUUUCAGUUGCUGCUAUAUGGGCUUACUACUUGACCUCUAUUUUUUGCAUUAUUUCACUUUUGAGAGCCUCAACUGCAGAUCCUGGAAAACUACAAGAUAGUCCAAAAAUCCCUCUUACAGAGAAAGAAUUAUGGGAAUUAUGUAACAAAUGUAAUAUGAUGAGACCAAAGCGAUCCCACCACUGCAGUCGCUGUGGGCACUGUGUCAGAAGAAUGGAUCACCACUGUCCAUGGAUUAACAACUGUGUUGGAGAAGACAACCACUGGCUGUUCCUUCAGCUCUGUUUCUACACUCAACUUCUGAGUGGCUACACUUUGGUCCUGGAUUUCUGCCACUAUUAUUACUUUUUGCCACUAGCCAUUAACUGGGAUAUCUUCAUAUUUAGACAUGAACUGGCCUUGCUUAGGAUAUCCACUUUUAUGGGUAUUGUCAUGUUUGGAGGCAUGUGCAGUCUUUUCUACACGCAAAUAAUGGGCAUAUUGACGGACACAACAACUAUAGAAAAAAUGGCAAACUGCUGUGAUGAAAUAUCGAGAGCUCGAAAGCCAUGGCAGCAGACCUUCUCAGAAGUUUUUGGCACUCGCUGGAAGAUCCUGUGGUUCAUUCCUUUCAGGCGGAGGCAACCACUGCGCGUCUCCUACUACUUUGCCAAUCAUGUCUAAACAGAUGGAUGGUGGGCACAGAUGGGUUCGCCAUGCUGGAAGCAAGUUACAGGUUUUAUCAUAACAGUGCUAUGACAGUCUUCAAGUCAAUUAUAAUCCACCCACCAAUCUUCAACAUCACAAAGUGCCCCAGGCUUUAUUUUAAUAGUGAUCUCAAUGCAGUAGUGGGAACUGUAUAAGAUAUGUAUUUAUGUGCUGAAGGUUGUAUCCUUUUUGUUGUCCUUUUCCCCUCAGGACAUGACUCCCUCAGGCUAAGAACUUAAAAACACGGAUUGCGGUUUUUGUCUAUUAAAACUUUUAAAUUGUAUGCAUUUUCUUUUCAUUUUUAAUCUUGUUUGCGAUGCACUGUUAAAUGAAAAAAAGUUUAUCUUCAUUUUGUUUUAUUUCUCCUGUUGAACAUUUUUUUCUUUUAUAGAUAAUACAGUGAAUAUGGCCUGGUGUUUUUUUUUUUUUUUUUUUUAAGAAUUUUUUUUCUUUGAACCAAAUAUUUUCUGGAUUUGUGCUGGUCAUAAUGUAUCAUGUAUGAAUAUCCUGGAGAUCAAUCAUUGUUUUCAUAUUGUGUGACGUUUCUAUAAACAAAGCAAUUACACUAAAAGUUACCAUAUA